AUGGUUUUAUACACUUCCCCAUUUCCCAACAGCUUUCUGUCAGUUCUGCAUUCUUUUUCCUGGGGCCUGAUUUUCCCAUGUUACUGGUUAGCAGAUAGGCUUGUGGCCUCUUUUGUUCCAACCACCUAUGAAAAACGUCAAAGAGCAGAUGAUCCAUGCUAUUUUCAUGCACUCUGCAUCAUUAUUACCACUCCCAUCUACUUGGCACUGUUGGUAGCCUCUCUUCCUUUUGCUCUGAUUGGCUUCUUGUUAUGGUCCCCACUCCAGUCAGCCAGAAGGCCAUAUAUCUACUCCAGACUAGAAGAUAAGACCCAUGCCAAUGGAGCCACGCUGCUCACUGAAUGGAAGGCUGCAGGGAACGGGAAAAGCUUCUGCUUUGGCAGUGCCAAUGUUUGCCUGCUGCCAGAUUCUCUGGCAAGAUUUAAUAAUGUUUUCAAUACACAGGCUAGGGCUAAAGAGAUUGGCCGGAGGAUCCGAAAUGGGGCAAGCAGACCACAGAUCAAAAUAUAUAUAGAUUCUCCUACCAACACAUCCAUCAGUGCAGCAAGUUUUAGCAGCUUGGUCUCCCCCCAGGGUGGAGAUAACACUAAUCGUACUGUUAAUGCUGGCAUCAAAAGGACAACAUCAAUGGAGUAUAAAGUAGACAAUUCUGGCUCAAACAACAGCGAGGAUAGAGAAGGGGGAGCUGGAGAUCCAAAUGAGGGAGAAGAAAACACUUGCAUUGUCCGCAUAAACGGAGAGGAUAAUGGCCACAUGUCAGACACAGAAACAGAUACCGUCAAUGGCCAGGCUCAUGCCAGUGGCCCAACAGAGCCCUCACUGGAAGGUGAUGCAGAGAUCUCAAGAACACCUAACCACAAACAGAAGGAAGGAGAUUCUGGGAGUUUAGACAGCUACUCUGCCUCACGAGAGUCCUUAGUUAAAGUUCGUGUUGGAGAUGGUACAGUGGACCAAAGCACUGUCAACAACAAGCUCCUCUACAAAGCUUCAAUCAUGAAGAAGACUUCAGUGCGGAAAAAGAAACAUACAGAUGAGACCUUUGAUCAUGAGAUCUCUGCUUUCUUCCCUGCCAACUUGGACUUUCUGUGUUUGCAGGAAGUGUUUGACAAAAGAGCUGCAGAGAAAUUGAAAGACCAGCUUCAUCACUAUUUUGAAUACAUUGUUUAUGAUGUUGGGGUCUACAGUUGCCAUGGCUGCUGUAGUUUUAAGUUUGUGAACAGUGGUCUACUUUUUGCUAGCCGCUAUCCUGUUAUGGAUGCUGCCUAUCACUGUUACCCCAACGGAAGAGGAACAGACUCCUUGGCUUCCAAGGGAGCCUUGUUUCUCAAGGUGCAAGUGGGAAGUACACCUCAGGACCAAAGAAUUGUGGGAUACAUUUCCUGCACUCACUUGCAAGCUAUUGCAGGAGAUACUACUGUUAGAUGUGAGCAACUGGAUAUGCUUCAAGAUUGGCUGUCUGAAUUCAGAAAAUCUACCUCCUCCUCCAGUACAGCCAAUCCAGAGGAGCUGGUGGCUUUUGAUGUCAUCUGUGGAGAUCUCAACUUUGAUAACUGCUCCUCUGAGGACAAGCUGGAGCAACAGCAUUCUCUGUUUACACACUACAAAGACCCGUGUCGGAUUGGUCCUGGGGAGGAUAAACCAUGGGCAAUCGGUACCUUGUUGGAUCCGGAAGGACUGUAUGAUGAAGAAGUGUGCACUCCAGAUAACCUACAGAAGGUGCUGGAAAGCGAAGAAGGAAGGAAAGGAUACUUAGUCUAUCCCACCAGCAAGAACCACAGUUCCAGUCAGAAGGGGAGGAAGGCAUCACUGAAAGGGAACGGGAGGAGGAUUGACUAUAUGCUCUAUACAGAAGAAGGUCUCUACCUAGAAUGGAAAGUGGAAGUGGAAGAGUUCAGUUUUAUUACCCAGUUAGCAGGCUUGACAGACCACCUACCAGUAGCAAUGCGUCUCAUGGUGUCUACAGGAGAUGACGACCCUUAA